CAAUUACUACUGUACUAUAUUUAAGAUGAUUGAAAAGAAUUUGGAAUUAUUUUGUUUAUAUAAUUAUACAGAUAUACUUUAUGUCUUCUGUAUGAAUGUAUCCAAUAGAUUGAUGAAUAAACUAAAAUAAGAACAAAAAUUGUACUAUGAAUGAUAUCAUGUCCGAAACAGUGAUUUCAAUGAGUGAAAAUAAUCAAAAUGAUAUACAAGAUAGUGAUAAAGUCUAUCCAAUUACAACAAACACUAUACAAUCAAAUAUGUGCCCUGAUAAACUACUGAAUAUAUCACCAAUAUAUUCAGUUAAAAAUCUAAUACAUGAAUUAAAUUCUAGUACAUCAAUGACUUCAAGUAACACUGUAGUAAAAACGUCGUUUUGUCCAAACGUUACCUUCAAUGGAGAGAUAAAUGUAUUUACUAAUUCUAAUUAUAACACAAAUUCUUCUACAAAUGAAACUAUAUCAUUUUGUACAAAACAAAGUGAUAGCAUCAUUUCUACUAAUGUUAGUAAUAGUAAUAGUCUUGAUCGGUCAACUUAUAUAAUUCUACCACAAAAUAAUUGUAUACCAUUUUAUACAUUACAAAGAAAUUCAUUUUAUAAAUCAGCUUAUCGGCCACAGUUAUCAUUAUCUUGUCAACCAUCACCAAACAUCUCAUAUAAUCGUACAUUUUCUAAUGAUAUUAAUAACAAUUUAUUAAGUCAAUCACAUGGAAAUGGACACCAAAACUUUAUCAAUGUCAGUGAAACUUUAAAAUAUCCUUCAGAAAACAUAAACAAUAGUUCACUCUCAGUCAAACAUUGUCUAAAAAAUAGUUGUCAAUCAUCAAAUGAAAGUUCAUCAUUUAAAUUGAAAAAUCAUCAGUUUUUUCAUCGAUUUUUAAAAUAUUCAUCAAAAUUUGGUGGGUUUACAAAAUCAGAAAAUAAUUCACCAUGA